AUGUAUGCAAUGGCAGGACCAAGCUCGGAUGCGAAACGAACGCGAGCGUAUCAUAACCGCUCAAAACUGGGCUGUUUAACGUGUCGGGCACGUCGGGUCAAAUGUGACCAAACUCGUCCAGCUUGCCAAAAGUGUACGAAUUCUGGUCGCUCAUGCGAUGGCUACUUGAUAGCCGCAAGGACGAGUGUCGUACCAAUCACGAUCAAAACUCCUAUGGUCACCAACCUGGCGGAUGGUGACGAGCAACGCUCACUUCAGUACUUCAGAGAAUGCACCGCUCCACAAUUUGCCAUUCUGCACGACCAUGAGUUUUGGCUGAACACUGUUCUGCAAGUUAGCGCGAACGAGCAGUGUGUUCUGCAUUCUGUCAUCGCUAUAGCUACCCUCCACGAAGCUUUCGAGAACGAUGCUUCGACUCGAAAACAUACCGCAGUUGUAGCUUCACAACUGCGCAAACGCUCCAAUAAUCACUAUGUCAAGGCGAUCAGUAUCUUGAACUCACAGAUUGUAUCUCGCGGCUGGCAAUCCCUCCAUAUCUCAUUGCUUUGUUGUUUACUAUGUGUGGGCUUCGAAGGGCUUCGGGGCUCGUACUCAGAUGCCCGAAUUCACCUGACGCACGGCCUCACCCUUUUGAAGCAAUGGACCGAUGGUCAAGGAUCACCCGGAAACCUGUCACUUCCAUCAGCAACAGAAGAUUUCAUCCGCGACAGUAUCGCCCCUAAUUUCAAUCGAAUGGCGCUUCAGGUCUUGACCACUACAACUCCACCUUUACCAUGGAACGGAUCCAUUUUCCCUAGACCUGAAAUGGAGGCGUUUGGCAGCUUCAAUGCCGCACGCGACAGUCUGUACUACGUCGUAGGACGGUUCUAUAUGGCCACUCCAAACCCCGAAAACCUACCCCCAGGCCAUGGAGCAAUCAUCACGCGCAUGGAGCGCUCCGCCAGACUUUCAGCAUGGUUCAACUGCUACACCCGAUCUUGCGCCGUACCGAACUCCUCUUUCACCUCGGAUGUGUCAUCUCGGGCCCUCCUGCAAGCAACGUUCGCCGUGGCGAAAGUGAUAGUUGAAACCGAUCUUUCGUACGAUCAGAUGCAGUUUGACAAGUACACCGCCGAGUUCAAGGAAGUCAUCCGGUGUGCAAAUAUCCAUGUCGCCCCACGGACGUCAACGUUCUCUAUGGACAUGGCCAUAGUUCCGCUGCUGCACUAUGUCUCAAUGAAGUGUCGGGAUCCAGUCCUUCGACGACAGGCGAUCGCGGCGCUGGAUAGUACCGUACGCCGCGAGGGAAUGUGGGACAGUGCCGCAUCGGCUAGAUUAGCUCGGGAGAUGUUGGAAGUCGAAGAGGGAGCGGGCAGCGGAGUCAUUAAGGCGGCUAAGGACGUGAAGUCAUCGUCAAGAAUCGAGCAGUUUGAAAAGUCUCAAGUUUUGGAGGCGAAGCGCAUGACAGUGAGGUUCAAGCGUCAAGGACAUGAUGAGUGGGACGAGGAGCGAGUUCUUACUUGGUAA